AUGAAAUGGAAUAUGAUUUGUGUUAAAUCACUGGGUUCUGAAAAAUUGUCCGGUGGACCUCUGCGAACCCAACCCUCAUCGACCAAGCCCUUUGAAGCUCCAGCUCAUCGUCUUCCUCGAAGAGUUCUCCUCACAUCCGACCUUUUUGUUGCUGUGCUCCCGCUCUUUUUGUCGUCCGGCAACGGCGAUGGUAUUGUCGUCGUUUUCGUUCCCGGCGAUUUUGGGUCGAGGUUCUCCGGUAAGGGCCCGUUUGGGCUUGACAGUGAGAAUCGAUUUGUGGGUAUUGAAUUCGACACUGAAAUGAAUGAAAAUGUGAAUGAUGUGAAUGCGAAUCAUAUAGGGGUGAAUGUGGGUAGCUUUGUAUCUCUGACUGUUGGGAAUGUUACUGCAUUGAAUUUGGUGCUUAAUAGUGGAGAAAAGAUGAAAUCUUGGACUGAUUAUGAUGCUAGUUCGAAAAGAUUAGAGAUAAGGUUGAGUAAGUUGGGUGAACCAAGGCCUUAUAAUCCGAUUGUUGCGCAUGGCAUAGAUUUAUUGGAAAUGUGGAAAGAUAAGGAUGUGUAUGUAGGGAUAAGCUCGUCGAAUUCGAAUGGCAGUUCCUCGCAAAUUUGUAGUGUGUAUUCUUGGAGUUUUAGGAUGAGAAAGGUUCCGAGGAUGCAUUCUCUUCCGGUGAAUCCGAGGGGUUAUUUGGAUGAUCAGCAUGGUGAAAAUCCGGGUCUGCAUAAGAGGAUGGUUUGUCCAUUGUCAAUUCUUGCUGGGAUUAUAUUCAUGACUAGGUGUGGAGCUCUGGUUUCAUUUGUCAUGCUGUUUUUGUGGGCUAUAAUUGUUAACAGGCACACGGUUUUCCUUGCUGAAGUGCUCCCAGAUGAGUUUCCGGUGAAGCCUAAUCCUACGGAUUUCAGGUAUGAGAAGAUCAGUGUAGUUGUAGAGGAAGAUGCAGAUGCAGAUGGUGUUAAGAAGUAG